UUCCCGGAAGCCCUUGUUUCGUGUUCUUACACAAUCUUCUUCCCUCUUGUUGGAUGAGAUCAGAUCCUAGUUUCUAGUUUCAUUUCUUCAUCGUUUCUGAAAUUAGAGCAAUUCCUCGGUUGAAGAUAAUUGUCCUAGGUCCGGUGGUGUUUUUGAUCUGCAAAUUCCGUUUUGAACUUUCCUUGGAAUUAAAGACAAUCGGUGAUUGAAUUAAGUAGGCGGAGAUUUGGUCGGAAAAUAAAGAUUUGGGAGGAUGAGUUCGAAGAAGGUGGAAGGGUCGUCUUCUCCGGCGAUUCGACGGGACCCGUACGAGGUGCUUUCAGUAUCAAAAGAUGCCAAUGAUCAGGAAAUCAAAUCCGCUUACAGAAAAUUGGCUCUAAAGUAUCAUCCAGAUAAGAAUGCCAACAAUCCCGAAGCUUCUGAUCUUUUCAAGGAAGUUGCAUUUUCCUACAGCAUUUUGUCUGACCCGGAAAAGAGAAGGCAAUAUGACAAUGCGGGAUUUGAGGCCAUCGAUGCUGAUGGAAUGGACAUGGAAAUUGACUUAUCAAACCUUGGAACUGUAAAUACCAUGUUUGCAGCAUUAUUCAGCAAACUAGGUGUGCCUAUCAAGACUACGGUAUCGGCUAAUGUUCUUGAAGAGGCUAUGAAUGGAACGGUUACAGUUAGGCCCCUUCCUAUUGGAACAUCAGUUAGUGGGAAGGUAGAGAAGCAAUGCGCUCAUUUUUUUGGAGUUACGAUAAGUGAACAACAAGCUGAAUCAGGUGUUGUUGUUAGAGUAACAUCAACAGCACAAAGUAAAUUCAAAUUACUUUAUUUUGAGCAAGAUUCAAGUGGCGGCUAUGGAUUGGCCUUACAGGAAGAGAGUGAGAAAACAGGCAAGGUAACAUCAGCUGGCAUGUACUUCUUACAUUUCCAAGUAUACCGAAUGGAUUCAACAGUCAAUGCGUUAGCUGCAGCCAAGGACCCUGAAUCUGCCUUUUUCAAGAGAUUGGAAGGUCUUCAACCUUGUGAGGUUUCGGAACUGAAAGCUGGCACUCAUAUAUUUGCAGUUUAUGGUGACAACUUCUUUAAGACUGCAUCGUACACGAUUGGGGCACUCUGUGCAAAGACCUAUGAGGAUACAACAGAGAAGUUGAAGGAGAUUGAAGCUCAGAUUUUAAGAAAGAGAAACGAGCUGCGGCAGUUCGAGACAGAGUACAGAAAAGCUUUGGCGCGUUUUCAAGAAGUUACCAACAGAUACACACAGGAGAAGCAAACUGUGGAUGAACUGCUAAAGCAACGGGAUUCAAUCCAUUCGUCCUUCUCUGUUGUGAAAACACCAAGCGGCAACAACUUGAGCAAUGGGAGUAGUAGCAAAGCUCAGGGAGAGGAAUCAAAAGGCGAUGGUGAGAGUGCUGGAGAAGAAGGCGGAUCAGAGAGUAGAGACAAAUCCAAAAGGAAAUGGUUCAACUUGAACAUGAAAGGAUCUGAUAAAAAGCUUGGUUGAACCAAAAGGUGGAUUUGUUUCUAUAUCGCCUACCUCUAAGUCUCAUUCGAUAUUUUUUUCAUUCGAUUCAAGGGAACUAAUCUGUGUGUCACAAGCAAAUAUGUUCAUUAAGCUCUUUUGCUGUGGAGGCAUUGUUGUGGUUAUAGGAAAGCUUUUCAACUUGGGUGUUUCAGCUCAUCUCUACUCUUUGGACCGCCAUAUAUCGUAGAACAAGUUUUUGCU